AUGCUAUUUUCAACCCUCAUGCUCCUUGGAGGAGCCCACCUUGCCCUUGCAAAAUGCAAAUGUACCCCGACUGAAGACUGCUGGCCCUCAGACUCAACAUGGGAUGCGCUUAACGCCACCGUUGAAGGAAAGCUCAUUCGCAACCACCCCAUUGCCCGGCCAUGUUAUCAAGGUGCGGGCUACAGCGAUGAACGCUGUGAGGAAAUCAGCGCCAACUGGUCCACCAACUCAUGGCUGGCGCAAUUCCCAACAGGCUAUAGCUACCCUACGAUUGAGACUUGUGCCGCGAUCAAUGCCACCCUGGGCGACGGACACUAUCCCCAGUGUGAUCUUGGGAACUACCCAGUCUAUACAGUUAAUGCCACUCAAGGAAAGCAUCUCUCAGCGGGAAUAAACUUCGCCAAAGACCACAACAUUCGCCUUGUCAUUAAAAAUACGGGUCAUGACAUUUCUCAACGCUCUCAAGGAUACGGUAGUUUGUCGAUUUGGAUCAAGAGUAUUCAAGACAGACUGUAUUUUCAAGAGAGGUACACUCCCUCGGAUGGCUCUUGUCUGUCCAACUACACCGGACGGGCCAUCAAAAUUGGUGGUGGAUAUGUCUGGGACGACGUUUACAACUUUGCAUACGAACAUGGCAGCAUAGUCGUUGGCGGAGACGACCGGACUGUCGGAUGCAUUGGAGGCUAUCUCCAGGGCGGAGGCCAUGGUCCUGCAAGUCACCAGUUCGGGUUGGGCGCAGACCAGGUCCUUGAAUACGAAGUCGUGCUCGCAUCGGACGAACUCGUCACAGCCAAUGAAUGUCGGAAUCCAGAUUUGUUCGCUGCCCUCCGCGGAGGGGGUGGUGGCACAUUCGGCGUCGUGACAUCAGCGACAGUCAAAGCAUAUCCCGACCUUACGGCGCUUGGGCACGAGCUGACAAUUGUGGCAUUCCCAAAUGCAACUUCUGAGCUGAUUAACGCCACUGCAGACAUAAUGGCCAGCUAUCCCUCACUGGUGGACGCGGGGUACUCGGGCACUGGAGCCCUUACUCACAAGGAUGGAGUCAUGCUUUACACACAUAAUCUCGUCAACUUACUUGAGAUCAAUUCCACUGCGGCCAUCAACAAGGUGAAGGACACUAUGACCCAGCAAAUUGUCAACAAAUGGAGUCCGUACAAUGGCACAUAUUUUGUCAUUCAAUCAUCUUUCACAACUUUCAAUUCAUUCUUCAAAUGGUACAACUCCCACCCACAUAUAUCGGCUGGGCAAAAGCGGCCCAUGAUGGCAUCCCGAUUCUUUGACAAGACAUCACUGGCCUCCCAACAGAGCAACAUGAAGAGUCUCCUGGACACCCUUACCUCUGGUCAGGGCACGCAAACCACGACUGAGUCUGCCACGCUCUUUAAUCUUGUUGCGGGUGGCAAAGUUCUUGAUCCUCAGCCGCUCACUUCCGUCAACCCAGCAUGGAGAACGACCUAUGUUGUUAUGCAACAGAUCGACUUUUGGCCCAACAAUGCGGGCUAUGAGGACAUUGCACAGGUCAAGAAAGAAUUGACAUUCAGAAAGUUGAAAGCAAUGAAGGAACUGGCGCCAGGUAUGGGAACAUACGGAAACGAAGCCGAUCCGUACGACCCUGACUGGAAGCAGGAUUGGUGGGGGAGUAACUACAACUGGCUUGUGUCGAUCAAGAAGAAGUACGACCCGGAGGACGUGUUCUGGUGUUGGAGAUGCGUGGGAAAUGAUGCUUGGCUCGAAGUAACUGGUGGGGCAUUGUAUGGGCCAUUGUGCGAAGCAACAUGA